GCGGGGUGAGCAUCAAAGCUAAGUAUAUCGUAGCUUCUGACGAUUAUCUCGCGCACUGGAUGCUGCGUGGCGGGUGGUUCGAGAAUGCAUCCUACCACGUGUGCCCCGACGACAGCGCGGAGUGCCAGAAGCACCAAAGCCGGAACGAUAUCCACAGAG